AUGCCUUCCCUCACUGAAGCAACCGCAAUCUUCUGGGCCCUCGUAGGCCCCUGGAUGUUCCUCCUAAACGCCUUCUCCUAUCUUCCCCCCACAAUCCUCCGCCUCCUCCGCGCCGGCGACUACGCCGCCCUCACAACCCCCUCCCGCGUCCAAGACGCCUGGUUCUCCGCCUUUUGGGCCUGGCUGGGUCCCAACAUCCGCGUGGGCAGGUCAGACAUGAUGGUCGCGCUCCUCGAGGGCCGCGUCACGGAGGGCAAGGAAGUCGAGGACGCAGUCCACCCGCCCAUCAGCGGUGUCGUGCUGGAAAUCGGUCCCGGGUCCGGCAUGUGGGUGGACCUCUUCGCCAAGGGCGGCGACGACGGGAAGAAGAAGUCCGCCGACGCAGCAGCAUUAGCUGGAAUGGCGCGCGGCGGAGUCAGGAGGCGUGUCGCAGAGGGCGUGACCCGGGUCUACGGCGUGGAACCAAACACCGAGGCGCACCCGGCGCUGAGGCAGAACGUGCGGGACGCCGGGCUUGAGGGCACGUAUGAGAUUGUCCCCACCGGCAUCGAGUCCCUCUCCGACCCCACGGCGUGGAACGGCAAGAUUGAGAAGGGCAGCGUCGACUGCAUCGUCUCGAUUCUUUGCCUCUGCAGCAUUCCUGAGCCCGAGAAGAACAUUGCUGAGCUCUACUCCUAUCUCAAGAAAGGCGGUAGGUGGUAUCUGUACGAACACGUUGAGGUGAUGGAAAGCUGGCCAAUCCGGAUCUAUCAGCGUAUCGUCAACCUGGUAUGGCCUCGGGCUUUAAAUGGUUGCCAGCUGUGCCGCAAUACAGGUCAUACACUCAAGUCCGCAGGGCCAUGGGCAAAGAUUGACAUCCGUCAACCCGUGUCCGAGGAAUGGUACCAAGUGGUGCCUCACAUAUUUGGAACUUUCACCAAGUGA